CUUAUUUUCAAUAAGGAAGUAAGAAGCCGUUUCACUUUGAUUCUAUCUAGCGUUGCUGUGCAGUAAUACUGUAUAGGAUAGGUAGGUAUUAAAGAAAAAACGAACGGAAACACUCCAGAUAUGGCAAAUAAAACUACAAAAGAAACUAUUGUAAACAAAUUUGGUCUAAAGCUCACUGGGACCAAGGUGGAGACAGAGCUCGACAAACUCAAAAAGGAAAACGCUUUCCUGAAAAAGACCUUGGCUGAUAGGUCUAAUCAAAAAUCAAAGGCGCCUGCUUCAGAAGAGAGCAAGCUUUUAGAGAGAAUAAUUUCCCUUGAGACGUUGCGUGAGAGAAACUCCCAGCAGCUCUUGACCAAGGACCAGGAGAUAGCUAAACUGCGACAGCAGCUUCAGGCUAAGGGCGGUGACAUCGUAGCCUCGCUUCAGUCUCAGCUUGAGCAAAAGACCAAAGAAGCGGAGCGGAGAGAGAAUCUGGUGCAGUCUCUCACGGAGGAGACCCGAAACGUGAAAAACAAGUUGGCCGCCAUCUCUUCCAGGUGUCAGGAGCUGGAAAACAGACAUGGUAAAAUAGAAGAUCCAGGUAUACAGGGCUCGCGUGCUGAUGGCCAGGUUCCGCCUGGUGAUGUCGCCAUAGUCCAGGAACACCUGCGUGAUGCUCUGGAGAAGAACCAGCAGUGGCUAGUUUAUGACCAGCAGAGAGAGUCCUAUGUGAAAGCAGUGCUGGCACGGGCAGCAGAGCUGGAGCAGCAGCUGAAUCAGGCCAGCCAUGCACUCCAGCAGCAGCACAAAGAGGGCCAUUCAGACGAUGAGAAGUACACCCAGAUGCAGGAGCACUACGCCCAGCUCCUGCUGAAGGCCCAGACUGACCUGGAGUCUCAGAGGGAGCAGCUGGCCCAGGGGCAGGCUGUUCUGGCCGAUCUGAGGAGGAGGUAUGACGACCGAGCCAGGGAGCUGGACGAGGCCCGGGAGCAGCUGCAGGGGGAGAGGCUGAGCGUCAGGAGGAGCGUGGAGGAGGAGAGGAGGGCCUCCUCCCAGAGGAGCGACAGGCUCAGGGCCGAGCUGGAAAACAUGGAUACCAGACUAGCAGAGGAGCGCAAGAGGUCUGCCGACCUGCUUUUACAGGUUAACAAUCUGCAGAAAUCUCUGCUGAAUCAACACGAAGGAGAGGGUCGAAUCGCAGGGCUGGAGCAGCAGAUAAUGAUGUCUGCGAAAGACUUUGAGAACGAAAAGCUUGACCGUCAAAGUUUGCAGUAUCAGUUACACAAAGUGCUGAAAGAGCUUCGCAAAGCAAGGGAGCAAAUCGCCAAGCUGGAGUCGACCAAGCAGCAGAAGGAAUCUCGCUUUUCCGAACCCACCUCUUUCGGCAGGCUGGAGUUGGAGAAGCUGUCGAUUGAGGAUCCGUGUUCGAAACACAUGUCCCCUUCUAAAAUCCCAAACCUUCUGGAUGAGAGUUUCCUGGAGUGUCCGGAAUGUCGAACCAAGUAUCCCACCAGUCAGCACCGGGAAUUACUGGCUCACAUUGACGUCUGUCUCAGCCUGUCUCAUUAAAACAAGGGAGCCCAAUGUCUCUAUUUUCCCCUUACUUUUCAGUUUAUGGUGUUUUUAUAGAGAUUUUUUUAUAUAGUGCACAAAGAAGUGGAAAUCUACUGGUUUACUUGUAUCCUUAAAGCUUUUAUUACCAUUCAGUUUUAUUUUAUUUAAAUUGUUUUCACAAAUUUAUAAUGACCUGUGUUUUAUAUUACUGACAAUGUUAUGCCAUGCACGCUCCAGUAAAAUUGACUUUUGUGUGUUUUCUACAUGCAAUGGUAACGUCUUUGAGAUAAUGUAUUUUUAUAUGUAUAAAUCCUUUUUUUUUUUUUUACUUAUGGGUUAUUCUAUAUUUAAGGUAUUUUUCCCCACUUCUAUACUUUUUCAGAUGUGCCCAGAAUAUUAUAAUAAGGUCUGGGUAUAAAAAUAGAUUAAAAGUGUACUCUAUCCUUUCAAAUUGGCUUCUUGGCAUUUUGGUACACUUUGUAAAGUCUGAAAUUUGCCAACCAAAUGUCUAUUUUGAAUUAGAUGGUAUAAUUAAAUCCUGGCAUUAUGCUAUUUAAGGCAGUGGAUUAAGGUAGCUGUUAUUGGCCAGGUGGUGGAUGCCAAGGUUUCCUUGGUGCUGAAAGGCUUUCCGGCAGAAUCUGACCAAUGGGUUUAACUAAGGCUGAGGACAUUUUUUUCAUACGUUUAAAAUUAGUCUCACAUUGUCUUUGAGAACUUGUCCAAAGGUACAGUGUUAAAGGUUGAUGACAUGAUCUAGUGAAGUAAAGCAAUGUUCAUGGACAACAAUUUUCUGCCAGUGGGUGAAAUGUAUUAAAAGGUUGAACUCGGUGUCACUGACUUUGUAAUGGUCUAGAAAUUGUAGUGGACAUCAUUUUUCAUUUUGGUACACUUGUUUCUUGUGAGUAAAGAAAUUUGUAUCUUUGUACUGUUCAAAAUGUCCUGUACACUGUAGAAAAACUGUAACCAAUAAUAAAAUGAAGGGAACUUA